AUGCCGAAAUGGUUCUCAUGUCAGAGGCUUCUGCAUCUACAGCUCAGCACGUCUCUGUUCAUCGCUCUAGUUAUAGUUGCUAUAGUCCAAUUUUUUGCUUGCUAUACAACCUAUAACUACAACUACCUGACGGUAGAAAAUGUUGGCAGCAGCCUUUAUCAUGUUACAAAUCCAAAACUAGUGAUCAACAAAUCAAAACCAGAAUGCAAGUAUGAAGAUCUACUACUAAGCUCCAAGUCAACGGCUGUGUGGGAUGUACCAAAGAACUACGAUGACUUUUUACCGACUGGUAUUCUGAAUGGAAGCUAUUUCCCAGAUGACUGUAAUCCUUUAUACAGUGUCGCCAUUCUAGUAACAUAUAGAAAUCGGCAGAGCCAAUUAGAUAUAUUUAUACCAUACAUGCACAAUUUUCUACGUAAACAAAGAAUACAUUAUAAAAUAUAUGUCAUAGAGCAGCAGGACAAUAAGCCCUGGAACAAGGGUAUCUUGUACAACAUAGGAGCAAAACAGGCCAUAGCAGACAAGUUCCCUUGUCUCAUACUACAUGAUGUGGACCUCUUGCCAUUAGAUGAGGCCAACCUAUAUGCCUGCCUCAGACAACCCAGGCACAUGAGUGCCAGCAUUGACAAGUUCCGAUAUGUGCUCAUCUAUAGCAAUCUAGUGGGGGGAGUGCUCGCUAUAACUUCGGAACAAUAUAUGGAAGUCAACGGCUUUUCAAACAAAUAUGAGGGCUGGGGCGGAGAGGAUGAUGAUUUUGCAAAUAGACUUAGGAUAUAUGAUCUCCAGAUAAUGAGGUUUCCACCGACCAAGUCCAGGUACACCAUGUUGCGGCACAGACAGGAGAAGAAGAAUAAGAACCGGCACAGAAUAAUGUCUAAUGACAAGAGUAAGAUACGCUUGGACGGAGUCAAGUCACUGCCGUACUACACAGCCAGUGUCCGGGACCAUAGAUUAUACAGCAUGGUCAGUGUUAGAUUAUGA